AUAAUAUAUCAUCUUUAAAUUCUUCACAAAAAAUGGAAAAACAAAUGCAAAAUUCCAUCAGAUACUCAACCGUUUCGACUACUAUGGAAAUUCCCAAAAAUGUUGAAAUUGGUAAAUUGAUUGGUCGUAAAGGACGUAACCUAAAACCCAUUGAAGAAGGGACUGGUACACGCAUUUACAUUAAUACAGAAGUAAAUCCUCGACAAAUUGAAAUUAAAAUAAAUAAUGAUGAUAAAGAUAGAGAUGAAAAUAUUUCGCCUUGGGAUUGGAUCAAUAAAGCAAUAUGUCAAAUAGACAAGUUACUAGAAGAUAUUGAUAUAAGAAGUCGAAGAAACGAUAUAGAAAAAGAAGGAAAAAAUAGUAGAAUUUCAGAUAAUGGUAAUCAUCAACAUGCAACGCCAAGAAAUCAUAAAGAUACCGAUCCGAAAGAAAAAAGAAAAAGGUUUACGACCAAAACACGACAAUCAUUAAAUAAGGAAAACAUUAGGAGAAAUGUUCAUGUAAAUCACACGAAAUCAAUCUAAUUAAUCCUUUUUUUUCUUUUUUUCAUUAUAUUUCAUUAU